GAGACUCAUCAGUUUUGGUGUUCUGAUUCUAGAACAGCCUCCUUUGAUACUCCUGGUUGCAUCUGCGUUCCCUGAGGAAUAUUAGCAUCAUGCUGAAAUCUCAUCACAAUCUAGUACUUUGUCAAGAUUAAACCACAGGAUGUUAAUAGAGUUGUUCUUUUUCCUGAAGACUGCUGCAGUCAAAUAAAAAGUUACAUAUGGAUAAUGUCACUUAUGAUUCAGAUAAUCUGAUUCAGUCAAACAAUCUCUGAACAGAAGGAGUCCUCUUUCUCCCUGAGGUGAUUUGGGAACUCUGUAAAGCAGGAUGCUUGGGAAAUUGUCUUCGGUCUGAGCAGUUGGUUUUUUGACUAGUCGUUGGAUUCAUGAAAGAAAGAAGCUAAGGAUUUAUUUUGGAGAGCGCACACUAUAAAAUAAACAUCAUACAACAUUCAUCUGGAAGAAACAAGCAGCUAGGCUUUUGCUGAGAAUUAUACGGUUACCAGCUGCAAAGGGAAGAUGCUGCAUCUGAAAGUCCUGUUCUUAGAUGACACCCAGAAGACUUUUUCACUAGAGCCCAAAGCUACUGGGAAGGACUUCUUUUUCAAUGCUUGUGAACAUCUUAAUCUUGCUGAAAAGGAAUACUUUGGUCUGGAUUUCAGGAAUGAUACACCAAUUAAUAUUUGGGUGGAACUUCUAAAACCCAUCACGAAACAAUGCAAAAGUCCCCAGGAAAUCCUUUUCAGAUUUAAAGUGAAGUUUUUUCCACCAGACCCUGGGCAGCUUCAAGAGAUGACAAGGUAUCUGUUUACUUUGCAACUGAAGCAAGACUUGACAAAAGGACAGCUUCCUUGUAAUGAGACCAGUGCAGCAUUGCUGGUGUCUCACUUACUACAAGCAGAACUUGGAGACUAUAGUGAAGAUAUAGACAGAGAACAUUUAGACAGAAACCAGUAUCUGCCUAACCAAGAAUAUUUGGAUAAUCUGAUAAUGCAGUUCCAUCGAAAACAUAUGGGUCAGUCUCCGGCUGAAUCAGAUAUAAAACUUUUGGACAUUGCAAGAAAGCUGGACAUGUAUGGUAUAAGACCACACUCCGCCAAUGACGGGGAAGGGAUGAAGAUUAAUCUCGCUGUUACACACAUGGGAGUUUUGGUUUUACAAGGCAAUACAAAGAUCAAUACAUUCAACUGGGCUAAGAUCCGCAAGCUAAGCUUUAAAAGAAAAAAUUUCCUCAUAAAGCUGCAUGCAAAUGUUUCUGCUUUCUGUAAGGAUACCUUGGAGUUUACUAUGUCAAAUCGAGAUACAUGCAAGGCCUUCUGGAAACUGUGCGUUGAGUAUCAUGCUUUUUUUAGGCUUGCAGAAGAACCAAAAUCAAAGAACAAACCUCUUCUGUACAGCAAAGGCUCUAAAUUCAGAUACAGUGGAAGGACACAAAAGCAACUUUUGGAACAUGCAAUGAAGAAGCCAGUGAAACAUCCACAAUUUGAAAGGAAACAUUGCAAAGUGCAGUAUGAUACACGUCACUGCAGAUCCUCCCCAGAUAUUUUGUCAGAAGUUUCCAAACAAGCUAAUGACAUUAGAUACAUGUAUAGUGGUAAAGAGGGUUUCGGAGAGCUGCAUAAAAAGCAUUCCCAUAGCAUGCCUGAAGGAAAGAGAAGGAAUUCGGCAGUGGAGGUAGUGUUUGCUGCAGAACUGGAGCGAUCAAAGCCUGAGGCAGACCCAGCAUCCCUGCAGCAGCAAAGAAACAGCAGUUCUUUUUCAUACCUUUAUUAUACUGAGAGAGACAAUAAACCUGAUGUUCUCAAAGGACAAAGAAACACAGUAUGUUUUCCAUUGAGUGAUAGCUUUGUUGCAAAUAAUAUGAGCAGACCUCUUGGCAUUAGAGAUGACAGUAUACAGUAUUUAAGGUCUAGGGAAUCAUGUGGCAUCCAGUUUUCAAGCCACUCUUUAGAGAAGCCAUCUCCCCGCUUGAUGUAUUAUGAAGACAGAACACCUCAGCUUUCACGGCGAACGUCAGGAUUAGUUGAAGAAAUAAUACGGUCAUCCAGCAUCUCUAGCCCAGUUUCUAUAUCACCAAGUAGCAGGAGGCUUAAUGCUAUAAGAAACAGUGGCAUUCGUGAAGGAAGAGCUGCAAGAAAUAGCUGUGGAAGCAUACUACAUGUAGCACAAGAAGACAGAAAUAACUUUUCCAACAAUCCAACUAGUACUGACAUUCAAAAACAGGUUCCAAAAAGAUCAUGGAGCCAGUCUGAUAUGAAAGCCCUCAAGUUUACUCAGUGUGGGUCAGAGUUUAAACCGCUUGGUCCAUGUCCAGCACUAACACGGAAGCCAACCGCGGGAAGGUACAUGUUGCCACAGCAAGUAGCAGCUGAACACAGCACGCUGUAUGGAUCUGAACAGUAUGCCAGCAGCAGAACAGAGUAUGAAUCGAGCUAUGAACCCAUAAAUCAUUAUUAUUAUCCUGCAAUUGGCAGGCCAGUAAAGCCCCUCGCUAGAGUCAGACUGUCUUCAGGCAGCCUUCAGCUAGAUGAAGAGGAGGAAAAUGUUACUGAUUACCUAACUGAUGGUGCAGUAUCAGAUGAUGCAUUGUGGUGAAAACAUGCUUCACUAGGACUGACUUUAAGAUGCCUGUUUAGUUUAAUGGUGAGUACUAUAACAGUAUUUGCCUCCAUUGUUGGCCAUUAAAGAAUUGUUUAAAGUCAUAUUAAACAUUUGCCUUGUACUACUUUUAAUUAUGUUUGGAGAUUCUCAAAUAUUUAUAAAAUCCUUAGUGAGAUACUGGAAACCUGACUACACUGAAAAUGAAUCACAUAUUACACAGGACUUAAGUGAUGAAAAUUAUAUAAUGUAAUUUAAAAGUUAUCAAAGCCAAUAUGCAUGUGUACACAUGCAAGUGUACACACAUAUUCAAACACAUACACGCUCAUAAAAAUGAUGGACAUCAGCUCAUUUUGUUUAACCAAUGCCAGCUUUCAACAUCAGUUUGUGUAGUAAUGACUGUUGACACAUUUGAAAAUGUUUUCCAGAACAGUAGUCAUACUUCAGUAUUAUGCAUGUUUUAUGCUUACUUCUGUAUUUGCUCAGUGUGAGGCAUAUUAAAUGGAAUUGCCUGACAUAUGCAGGAAAUGUGUUACGCCCAUAAUAGCACAAAAAUGUUCACAUUUAAUCUAAGAAAAUAGCUGACACUACCCUGCUGCUGCAAAUACAAAAUAUAAAUAAAUACAGACUUUUAAACCUGA